UUGACUACAAAAGGUGGUAGGGGGAGCACUGCAAGACACACUUUUCAUCUUUUACUUCUGCACGACCAUGGCCAACGCAUACGGCAUUAUAUUUUUCUUUCAGCUGCUCUCCCUCACUGGGGCUUCUGAGAGUGGCAUAGUGGGUGGGAAGGUUGCAAAGCCUCAUUCCAAACCCUACAUGGCAUCACUCCAGGUUCGUGAACACCAUACAUGUGGCGGGAUACUUAUUCGGGAGGACUUUGUUCUAACUGCAGCACACUGCAAAAAAUAUGGUCCCCUGACGGUGGUACUUGGAGCACAUGACAUUAGCAAGAAAGAGAAAAGUCAGCAAAGGAUCCAAGUGGCUAAGUACCAUCCACAUCCGAAAUUCAUCACUGAAAAAUAUGAUUAUGAUAUCAUGUUACUAGAGUUAAAAAACAAUGCCACACUGAAUAAAUAUGUCAAGACCAUUGGACUAUCUAAGAAAGAUGGGAAAAUCCCAGCCAACAUUAACUGUGUCGUUGCUGGCUGGGGCGAACUGGAGUCAAUAAGCCUGCUCAAAAGUACUGAGGAGACCACGGAGAAGAUGCAAUUCAGCGCUGAGUGCAAAAAUAAAUGGCAAGAAUACUUCUAUGCUGACCGCAUGAUAUGCACCAGAUUUGACAAAAAGAAGGGAGGGGUUUGCCAGGGGGACUCCGGUGGACCACUUAUCUGCAACAGCAAGCCUCAGGGUUUAACAGCUUUUACCUAUAAAUCUGAUUGUAAUGAUCCCCAGUAUCCCCAUGUCUUCACUAAAGUCAAUUUCUUUCUCCCCUGGAUUAAGAAAGUGAUGAAGUGAUUGGGGAACGUUGCAUGAGCCACUAUUCAGGAGGACAAGAAUGUUGUUCUUUCUUCACUUGCUUAUUAAAUAACACAGCAAACAUUUAGAGAAUGUGAAUGAUAGUAGUUUUAGUUUUGAAAAAAAUUAUUCAAGAAACUGGUAUAUGUAAUGUUUUUGCAUGUGAAAUAAACUGAAUGUAUAA